ACACAAUUCCUUCCCGGAAGUUAUCAUAACUGGACCAAAACAAACUGAGGCAUCAUGGAGAAAAUGAAACCUUUUAAAGAAAGAAGAACGUUUGAUCAAAGACAGAAUGAUGUUGAUUCCAUCAAGAUGCAGCAUGUGGAUAAAAUACCGGUGAUCAUCGAGAGAUAUGAGAGAGAAAACAGCUUACCAUUACUAGACAAGACCAAGUUUCUGGUUCCCGACAAUGUGAAUAUGUCUGAACUGGUCAAGAUUAUCAGAAGGAGACUUCAGCUGCAUCCGUCCCAAGCCUUCUUCUUAAUGGUGAAUGAGAGGACGAUGGUCAGCAACACAACCCCGAUCUGUGAGGUGUACAACAAAGAAAAGGACAGUGAUGGGUUCCUCUACAUCACUUAUGCGUCACAGGAAACAUUUGGAGCAUCGUAAAGAAAAAGCUUACCACAAAUUAUUUUCAGUUGCAUCUCGAGUCAGUAUAGAUAUGGGGAGUGAUUUUGCUUCAAGAAUGAUGUUUGUUCACUUGUAAUAACACUGGGACCCUUAAAAACUAUCUUUAAGGGGUCAUUUAGUCAUUAGUGAUGACACAAUUUUAUUUCACACUUAACUCAAUCUGGGUACUUUGUUACAUAAUAUAUUGCAAACAAGAGUUGUAUGUAGCUUCAAAAUUAAUGUAAUAAGACAAUGUAAUUUCAACAUUUGAAUUUUGACCAAAAAGGAAAACAACAGCUUUUUAAAUGAAAGUAUAUGCACAAAUGGUCCCUAUAGUAAUUUUGAACGUUUAUCUUAUACACAAAAUAAAUUAUCAAGUAUGUUAAAUGUAAAAAAAAAAAGACUCGCUCAUGCCAAUGAUUAAGGUGUUGUUAUAGACCAUGCUUCAAGUAGAAAGGUUAUGUAUGACAACCAGUAAGUGAUACAUUACCUUUCAACUAUUUAAAUUUAAUUACCAACCUGAAGAAAUGUUUGGUAAAAUGGAAAAUGCUAAUGAUUCAGAUAAGUUCCUGAAUUUGCAUUCCAACCUUGCUUCAGCUUGAAUAACUACCACAAAAUGUGUAAUGAUAAGAUAAAUAAUUUCUUGUUCUUUUGUUUUUUUAAUGUAAUUGUAUCAGCAUUAAUUGUUUAUCAAGGGCAACAAAUUAAACGUUCUCCCACAUGAUUGCUGUCAGUGACGUUUAUUACAAUGACAUCACAAUCAGAUGACAGUGUUAUAUCACAACGAUAAGUCAGUCAAAACGCUGGCAAAUGAUACCACUUAAGGAACAUAUGCUAUAUUGCACAAACCUACUCUUAAAGUCUUGCAUGGAUAUUUGGAUUUGAGGUACAUUAUUGUAUACAUAAUCAUUUUAUGUACUGUAUUAUUUUCUUCUCUUUUCAAAAUUGGCCUUAGUUUAUGCAUACAAUUUAUGUCAAUUUUGCUAACAAGUAAGCGUUACAUUUGCAUUUUAUAUAUCAUGUUUUACGUGAAAACUUAAGAUAUGAAGUAGGAGAAAAAGAUUUAAUUAUUAUAUAGGUACAUGUAUAAGAUAAGGCAAUCCUACCAUCGGGUGAGGAUUUGGUGUGAGAGCUUCAGCCCAGACCCAAAUUUUACACUUGGAGGUAGAAUAUCCAUACCCUGCCAGCGUAUACAUGAUAGACUCUACUAAUAUUAUUGUCAAGGACUUUGUGAUGUGGAUGUAAAACAUGCCAACCUCAUUAAAUAGCCCCUUAAUCCUUUCAUCCCUAUGUAACUUCAGUAGACUCUACCAUAUAUUGAUAUGGAUGAGUCCAUUAUGGUUUUCAGUGGUGAAAGGGUAAAUGCUGUAGUUUAAAACCCUAUUUGGUCAGUGAACACAUAUGUUUUUAUCUAUGAUUUGUUAUACAGCAUUGUCAAUAAUACAUAUACAAUAUAUAAAUGUAGAAAUUUAUGUUAUGGAUAUACAACACUUGAGCAUGUAGUUGAAAUGAGCAUAAUACUUUCCUCAUGGAUGGGUUUCCACGGACUUUCAGACAAUGUUUCAUUAUUUGAAAGAUAUAAAGCAUUAUGAUUAUUUUCGUAGUAUCAAACAAUAUACGACUUGCCAAACACUUUCACCAGAACAAUUAGAAGAACAGUUUUAGUCUUAGAUCUGGCCCAUAAUAUGUAGUGAAAAUGGUAUUGCAGAGCAAUGCUACUCCUCCAGAUCAGUGUUGAAUGGUUUGGUUUUUGAUAAUGAUAUGUUUGUGUGGUCCAUACUGUAAUGUUCUAUUUACAGUAAAGUAACAGUGACCUUAACCUUUGUACUUCGAAACUGAAAAAUAAACCAAUUUUCUGUAAGGGAGCAGCACAUGAAGUUUGAGUGGUAUCAGACUACUUAAGAUUGUGUACAAAAACAAUUAUAUAUUUUUAGUAACUGUAACUUGACCUUUGACCUUCCGAUUUCAAAAGCAAUCUUAAGCAACACUCUCUGUAAGAAAGCAAUGUAUUAGGUUUGAGUUUGAUUGACUAAAGGGAAGCUGAAUUAUCAACAGAAACUAAAUUCCAAUUUUUAAGUGUACCAGUUACCUUCACCUUUAACUUUUGACGUGAAAGUAAUUCUAAUCAAGUCCUUUCAGUGAGGAAACUUUAUAUGGUUUUGGAGUGGAUUCGUUCCUCAUGAACUCAAAGUUUUGUGAAGAAACAGUUUGGACGGACAAGGUGGUUACAAUCGUAAAAAUAAAAGCUUAAAGUUUUGUGUGACUAAAAAUAAAAUGAAACUUGUUGUUGUAUUAGUUAAUAAGUAGUAUACCUGUCCUGUACAACACAAACCAACAACAGGAUGCAGGUUAACCUAAAGCCAAUUUAAACGGAUUUUGUUUGAAACAUUUUACUGUUUGUAUGUUAUUCUAAGUCAUUUUAACGUAACAUUUAUUUGCUUGAAGAAAACAGAGAAAUCAGUAGAAACCCGGCGUUGUACUCUGUCCUUCUGCAAAUCAAUGUGCAAUUUAAAGGCCAUUGGCAGUUAAUUUUUAUAAGAACUGAGAACAUCUUAUUGUGAUACCUUCACUUUGUUUUGCAAUCAGCUAAUUCCUUAGAAUAAAAUAUUGUUGGCAAUCAGUCAAUUUCUGAAAAUGAUAUGUUGUGACAUUGUACUAUACUGCCCAUUCCUUUUUAAGCUCUCUUUUUUGUCUGACAAUUAAUCCGUUCACAAUAUUUUACCAGCUCGCUUGAGAAAAAAGGGUUAUCGCUGCUUUUUCAGAAUUUGGAAGCAUUCUGUAAUCAUUAUAAUAUUCCAAAUUUGCUCAUGUAUUGCAUGGAGGUUGAAUACAGUAUUAAUUAUUAAUAUAAUAAGACUUUUUUUUUUAAAUAAUUAUUUAUUAACAUUGUAAUUAUAUUUUGAAAUAUAAUGGGAUGCUUUGUUGUUUGUUAAGGACAUUUUGGUGAAUGUUUAAUAUCAUGUGUAGUAUCUUGUUAUUCUGACCGUGACAUCGUUUACCCAAAGUAUGGUACUAUUACACUGUUAAGUGUUCAGCACCGAGUUCUUUGAGGCAGCUUGUUCAAAUCUUGUGUCUAGAAAAGUUGAUUUGUAGAAAGAAUUUGUUUAAUUUUCACAUCUUAAUGCCAAGUAUUUUAUUUUGCAUGAUGAUUCACCAUAUUAUCAAGUUGUACCGGUGUAUAUCUAACUAUAACCUGUAUCUAUGAUAAUAUCCAAAGGUUCAUCGUAUAAAGAUUAUUUCAGAAAUCAAAAAAUAUAUGAGGGCAUUGAGGCACUAUUUUAUGUCCUGCAAACAUUUUCGCCUGUGGGCCACUAAAAAGAAUGUUAAUUAAUCAAUGUCACUCCUUCCCAUUAUAUAUUUUAUAUCCAUUUGUCAUUUUCUAGAAUAGCACUUAAAAUUAGUAUUUUCCUUUUUACUAAAAUAGCUUACGUACGUCAAGUAUAUCAGACUUUCUGAUUAAUACUGGCAAUGUUACAGAAGACUAUCAUUUCCGCUUCUGAUUAAUACUGGCAAUGUUACAGAAGACUAUCAUUUCCGCUUGAAAUAAUAAAGAAUACUGUAUCGUACAUUACCUUUCACAUAAUCUCAUAAUGAGGAGAUAACUCGUAAUUACAAUAUAUGGCUCCGAUAAAAUGGAACUAUGACUAGUUUUGCGUUAGUUCAAUUUCCAUCAAAAUGGGAGCGUAUGCAUGGUUUACAAAUAUUUUCUAGUUCUGUAUCUUUUUGUUAAGAUAAGCAGGACUUUGGGCUAGGUGUUUAUAUUUAUCUCAUGUUCAGAUUAACAGUGCACAAUUCCUUUUUUUAUCGCAAACAUUUCAUCCGGCCAACUUUCUAUAAGCAAUUCAGAUAUACUGCAUAAUGAUCAUGUAGCAGUUAAAAUAUGUUCACUAUUUAAGAUACCCUCCCCCAUGAAACAAGCAAAAAAAUCAGUUUCACGCUUUUAGAUACGUAGGACAAAAAAAAGCAAAACAAAUAAAAGUAGUUUCACAUUUUGGGUACGUACGAAAAAAAAAAGCAAAAUAUUAAUAGCAGUUUCACGCUUUAAUAAACGCAAGUAAAGCAAAAAAAUAAUAGUAGUUUAACACUUAAAUAUUCAAUAUACGUACGAAAAAAGCAAACAUUUAAUAAUAGUUUUACGCUUUAAUAUGCAUACGAAAUUAAGGGCAAAAAAAUAAUAAAUGUUUUACACUUAAAUUUACAUACGAAAAAAAGCAAAAAGCAAAAAACUUAUUAAUAGUUUCACACUUUAUUAUACGUAAGAAAAAAGCAAAAACAAAAUAAUAAUGUAACACUUUAAGAUAAACAAGGCAUUCACGCAACAAUAGUUUUUUUCCACAAAUGAGGUGAGUCCAUUGCAGAGAAAGUAUGCAAGCCUUCUUCUUGACGAUUAGAUCAUUAUUAACAAUUUGCGAAUUAUUCUGUUAAUUACCAAACAAUGAAUAAUAGAAGAUAAUAUGUCUGGACAUUCUUAAGCUUAUUAAGCUACUUUGUUUAACUACUACUAAAUAUCACUUAAUGAUAAGAAAAUCUCUUCUAUAAAAAAUACACCCCUUUUUAUGUUUUAAAUAAUUGAUUCAACAUAGAAUGGACGAGUUGAAUAACUUGAUCUGAUUAGUUACACUGUAUUAUUGUAAUAUAAGUAGUUUGUUGUUUAUUAGUUAUUUUAUUUGCUUACCAGUUGUAAUUAUUUUAGCAAUCACUAACGAGUCCAGGCAUUGCUGUGGUUGUUCGGGAUGUCUCUGUGUAAGACCAGCUGUCAGCCUUGACCUUUAUCGUGACAGACAGUAGUAGGUGUUUUUCAGGUCUCAGACGGUGGAGCUGUGGAACACGCAUUGGGUUUACUGUCACAGCUAAUGUAACUUAAAUACAUUUUGUUGAACAAUCUGUUCUGAGAACUGUUUUCUAAAAGUCGUUCAGUUACACGCAGACGCAAUGCAGGUGGAUUGUGUAUUUACAUGGGAUUUAAUUUUGAAAAUCAUGUUAAACAAAUUUUGAUUUAAUGUUUGUUUAACUACGUAGGAAGACGCCAUUAUGUAUUACAACCUUUAUGUAUACUGUACGUUAAAUGAAUAAUUAUUAUGUUAUAUCAA